AUGCCUGCGCCGUCGAACUCGCCGUUGGCUGAGCUUGACGAGAACGUUGCCCCGAACGACAUCGAUAGGUUAUGGACCACUGCGCGCGAACGCUACAAAAAGGAGACUGGACGUGAUCUUUCCUUCGACUCCCUUCCUUCGGGUGAUCUCACUCCCGAGAAUGCCAUCGAGUACUUUGAGCAGCAGAACGACUCCUUCAAAGCCUUCCGCGCCGUCGGACGGAAGGGAUUCGACAUCCUUCGACCCAUUGUGAACUUUACCCUCGUCUUGAAGAAAGGCACUGAGGGUGCAACUGAUCUUGUACCUGUUAGCAAGGGCAUAUUCGGCGCCAUUGGUGUACUCCUACAGGCCACGAAGGGUGUCAGCGAGUUAUACGAUGCAGUGGACGCUCUCCUUCAAGAGAUCCUGGUUUAUCUUGAGCGUCUCUCUAUCCAUUUCGAGCCGCCGGAAACCCCACGUCCAAGGCUGAAAGCCAUCUUGACUGAUGCACUUGUCCAAGUCUUCAUUGCAUUGGCCAUCGCAACGAAGUAUUGCGAUCUGGCUACACCGUCACGCGGCGGCCAGUCGUUGAAGAGGGUUGGGAAGGUUUUCCUCCGGCGUACCAAGGACUAUCUCUUCGUGCUCACCGACAAGCCAGACGUCAAGGCUGUGCUUGAUCGUCUCAGAUCGCUCGCAGUCAAGGAGGAGCAGAUAGUCGUCGCGGGUAUGAGUGCUAUCGCUCGUAAAGUUGGACCGAAGGUGGACUAUGUGCACCAUAAAGCAGUUAUCGACGCUCUUCAACAAUGGCUUGAUCCGCCGAACCCGAGACCAACGAACUACGACGCGAAGAGACACGCAGGCAGUUGCGCGUGGUUCUUUGACAACACGUUCAGUGACUGGAAAGACCACAAGAACGGCAUAUACUGGGUGCACAGCAAUGCUGGGGCCGGGAAAAGUGUUUUGAGCUUCUCCGUCGUCGAUAAACUCAAGGAGGACGCUUCUUUGCCACUUGCAUAUUUCCACUUCGAUUUCAACGACGUCAAGAAGCAGCAUUGUCGUGCCUUGGUCUCUUCUUUGGUCUUCCAGAUUGGAACUCGUUUUCAGGUCUGCCUGGACUACCUCAAGGAGCUGCGUUCCCCUGACGCUCCGAAUUACGAGCAGUUACUCUCUAUGCUCUCGCGACUUCUAAGCCUAUCCGGCCCUGUUUUCGUCAUUCUCGAUGCCCUUGACGAAUGCCCUGAGCGUGGACGGGACAGAGCUCUGACGGAGUUUCUGGAUAUGCUCCGUUCGUUUGAGGACGAUGCCUUUCGUCUGCUUAUCACAUGUCGCCCGGAGGCUGAGAUCCGGCGUCGCCUAUCACAUCUCUCUACCCAUUCACUCAGCCUACACGGAGCUGAUGAACAUCUGCGAGAGCUGCGUCGGCAUAUAGAGGGUCGGCUCUCUGAUCGAGAGGCAUACUUGUGGCCCGACUGCAUCCGCCGCAGAGCCCAAAAAAUCUUGUGCGAGAUGUCGCAAGGCAUGUUCUUGUGGGUGGACCUUCAACUUCAAAGCCUGAAACACUGCGCCGCAAGCGACGUUGAACAAGCAUUGUGUCAGUUGCCUCUCAGUCUCAGCGACACGUACGAGCGUAUCUUGAACAGUUUCACCUCGUCAAAGGUCUCGAUUGAGCGCGCUCGUCUCGUUUUCCAAUGUGUCGCUGUCGCGAGAGAGGAAUUGUCCGCGGAUCAAAUAGUUGACAUACUCUCUGCAAAGAUUGAUUCCUCCGAUACUCAAGCAGGGUUCAGAGCCACCGACGCGGGCUCGACUGCCCUCAAGCAGAUUGAUCGCAGCAGCGAUCACGUCCCCGACAUCAUACGUGCAACUUGUCCACCUCUCCUCGAGGUCGUAGAAGGGGCGGGCGAAGCCUUCAAGCUGGACUACAUAUUUUCAUGGUCUAUCGUUCCCGACUGCAGAGCCUUGCGCCGCCAUAUCCGUGUGCAAUUCAUACAUGUUUCUGCUCGGGACUAUCUGUUAUCGGCUGAACUGAAAAGAGCUGCUUCUCUUGCACGUCUGUAUAGCUUUGAUAUAAAAUCCGCCGAGAUUGCGCUCGCAAAGACGUGCCUUUCGGCGCUCAACGGCCCUCCGGACGACCCCGACUGGUAUACGCUCUAUCCUUCAAGAUUCUGCCAUUAUGCUGCAUCUCACUGGCAAAGUCACAUCUCGCCUGAUGACGAAGCCGCGCUUGGAGUACAUUUGCUCAGUUUCUUAAGUUUGGACUCUCCUGCGUUUGAACGCUGGUGGACACAAAAUGGCAUAGUACGGUCGACCAGAUGCCUCGCCACUGCCGUUCGACUUGGCCUUCGCCAGCAUCUAAGUCGACUCUUGGACGACGCCUCGGUAUCCACAGCGAACAUUGAAGAGGAACUCCGAGAUGCGCUGUAUGCUGCCGUCGAGAAGGGCGACAAGGAUAUGACUCGCACCCUACUUGAUUGUGAUGUGCUCGUUCGUGGCAACACUGUGAGAUACUACCCUCCAUUGGAUUGUGCGGCGUCGUCAGGCCAAUCAGAUAUGGUCCGUAUGCUCUUAGAGCACCCCAGAGUGGGCGACGCCGCUACUGCUGCUCUAUAUUGUAGAGCCUCGUUCCACUACGACACGAAAUUAUCCGGCAUUCACUGCGCCACGAUAUUAUUCGGAGAUUUUGGAAUAUCUGGCAGUUUAAUGGACCACGGUGCCACCCUCGAUGCUUUAGACAAUAACGGGCUUGAAGCAUUACGCACUGCUGCAAAAUACGGAAGUGCCGAGAUCGUCCGCACCUUGUUAGCAGGACGCGCAUCCGAUGGUGUGCCCGCUUCUGUCUCGUGCAAUAUUGGCGACAUGGUGGACAUGACGGUGUUGCAUCUUGCCGCCCAGAAUGGACACGCGGAGUGCAUCCGCACCCUUCUCGAUAGUGGCGCGCAGCUCGAUACAGUCGACCGUUUUGGUCACACUCCGUUAUACUAUGCUCAGCGUGGACGCCAUUCGGACGCCAUCCGUGUACUCUCCGACGAAGCAGCUCGCCUAGAGUCGACCCAGUCGCAUCGGGCGUGA